AAGACCGCGCCCGCUCGCGGGGUUGUCCGGGAGAGAGAGCGCUGGUCGCGCCCAAGCGAGGCUCCCUCUUCCCGGCCCCACAGGAACUGGCGGCCUCCUUCCUCCGCGCUUCAGGAAAGCCAUGGCCGAGCGCUUCGGCGUGGCGCUUGCCUUGCUAACGUGGAUCCUGCUCGGCUGCCAGGAGGAGGCGAGGGCAGAGCAGGAGCUCCGCUUCAAGCCGGCGCCCCGGGACAGACCCGUGCGCCUCUUCACCGAGGCCGAGCUGGCCAGAUACGACGGGCGGGAGGAGAAUCAGCCUAUUUAUCUAGCUGUAAAAGGUGUGGUGUUUGACGUCACUUCUGGAAAAGAGUUUUAUGGGAAAGGAGCACCCUACAACGCACUUGUUGGCAAGGAUUCAACACGAGGAAUCGCAAAGAUGACACUCGAUCCAGCGGAUCUCACCCAUGAGACAACGGGACUCACAGAAGAAGAGCUGAAAUCUCUGGAUGAAACGUUCAACAAUGUUUACAAAGCCAAGUACCCUAUAGUUGGUUACACUGCCAGACGAAUUCUGAAUGAAGACGGGAGCCCCAACCCGAACUUCAAGCCUGAAGACCAACCACAUUUCACUAUUAAGGAUGAGUUUUGAUCAGUAAAUUUGCAGUAUGAAAGUCCA